GAUUUACACGUCGUGCUCCUGAAACACUGCAUAUCAGAACAGAUAAUUCUAAACAUGUCAAAGACGGUGAAGGAGGAGGAUUCUAACGUGUCUCCAGUCUUAUUCCUGGACACAAGCGGACAACAGAUGCGGUUCUUUUUAAGACCUGGCCCCACCAAAGAAGAAAUUGCCCCGCUCGUAACCAAAGGAGGCGGUAAAAUGUGUCGCGUUCAAGAGCAUAGUGCCGUUUUACUAGCCGACCCCAAGGAUGCAAGUAGUGCCAUGACAAGUACUGGACAAACCUAUAUCUCCAUUCAAUACAUUAGAGAUUGUGUAGAGCAGAACCAGCUGCUAGAUAUCGAUGGAUACGUCAUUAAUGAUGGGCCUUCGAAAAAGACAAGGAGUUCUACCCAAAACCAGGGAAACGGACGGUUGAGUUACUCAGCAGAAGAUGACGCUGCUAUAUUGAAGUUUAUUGAAAAUCGGCAAAGUGAAGCGAAAGGCAUCCUGGUUUGGAAAGAAAUGCAGAACAUAAAGCUCACCAAACACACCUGGCAGUCCAUGAAAGACCGCUUUAAAAGACACAUUCAGUUUAAGCUUAUAGACAAAAGCUCGGAGAAAUGUCCUAGUGUGGCAUCUAAAAGAAAAGCCCUUGCUUUCAUAGACAGUUCCAUGAAUACGGAGAAUGUCUCUCAAACCUCCUCAAAAGAUGAAUCUUCUCAAAAGUCACCUCAGAAGUCCGUUGUUGUCUCGGACUCCACACAAGUGGUUGGGGAGAACAGUUUGUGUCCCGCUGAUGUGUCCAAUCCUCAGCCUUCUCCUGAUAGAGCUAGUUCAACUCCAGAUGUUCCUGAAGCAGCUGAAGAACCUCAACAGGGUUCGAGUGAUGCUGGUCAGCAGGAGUCUUGCCGCCAGGUCCAAGAACAGGAAACAACAAAUGAAGAACAACAAAGUCAAACUCAGCCAAGUCCUGAAACGUCCAAAAGACCAAGACUAGAUGGUGAUUGUGAUGAACAAGGUCCAGAAGAAUCAAACGGACAUUCCUCAUCUCUCACAGAAACCAGAAAAACACCCUGCAUAACCUCCUCACCAGCCGCCAAGACAUUUGGCAUUCUUGCAAGAGCAGCUAGAGAGUUUGAAGAUUCUGACGGGAUAGAUGAUGAAAGCGAAGAAGAAGAGGGUCCGAGUGAAUCAUCUUCAAAAAAGCCUUCUGACACGCAUGAAAGUUCAACAGCACCUGCACGAGAACCAGAAAGUCAAGCUGAGAAUGACAGGGAUGCCCGACAGGGUCCAUCAGAAGCCAUUUGCAAUGGGGCACCACAGAUACCUGAUGAUGAACGUCCAGGACCCAGUGGCACAGCUGUGACCUCCAAAAUCCAAGAAUUAAUCUUGUACUCCGAAUUACAGGAAAGAUACCACAGCCAGCCGAAUCCAGCGGAAAUGCUGCCGAGUAGCUUGACAGACAUCAAGCAGCACGUCAUGAACUUGAUGAGAGAAACCAAGAAAGACCUGGUUGAGGUGACCAAAGCGCUGUUGAAGGCCAACGGUGACCUGGCCAAAGCUCAGGUUUAUCUGCUUGAGGGAUAUGAUUGUGAGACACAUGGACCCCUCUGGACCCCUCUGGAUGAUGAGAUACUCCUGCUAGCUGAUCCGUAUGAACUUGUGCAUCUUCAGUCAAAAUAUGGAGAGGAAGACGUGACCAGGAGGAGAGCAUUUCUCAAGGCUGAUGUGCACUGAGGGGCUUUGUGAGCGUACAAAACAAUUGACAUUCCUAAUUGUAGAAUAUGUGUAAUUCAUAGUUUUGCUGAAAUGUUCAUAGCUUUAAAUUACUUUUGUAUAAAACAAUUAAAGUAUUUUUUAU